AUGGGCAUCAUAUACACGGUCGUUUUCCAAGAGUUCAACACUUGGUCCAAAAUAAAGCAACGAAAAGGUGCAGAAGAUGCCAAGAAAUCUAUCUUGUAUGGUAAAGCCGCCAGCGACAUUCUUGCUGCCGCCAGGAAUGGCGGGUCACCGGUCAUAGAAGAGAACGCUAUGUUAGCCACAGCCGUCCGACGCGCAAAAGAUGCCGGUGUCCCGAAAGAGAACAUUGAGAAUGCUUUGCUCAAGGCGUUCAAAAGGAAGAACGAUAAUGGUCAAGCUGUCACUUAUGAAGCCAUGAUGCACGGUUCUGUGGGCAUCAUCAUAGAAUGUAGGACUGAUAAUAUCAACCGCACCAUCAGUAAUGUGAGGGAAGUGCUCAACCGUCAUGGUGCUCGACAGGCUCCGGUCAAAUUCAUGUUCCAUCAGCGAGGAUACCUCAAAAUUGCUCUUGACCCAAACGAUAUAGAAGACCUAUUCAACGCAGCAGAGUCGACUCAAUGUGCCUUUGAUUUCGAUGAAUGGGAAGACGACUCCAGUGGUACUCGCGGAAUAAAGCUGGCAUGUUCUCCCGACGAGUUGUUCAAGUUGGAAGACGGACUUCGUCAGUACAUCCAGCAGAAUGCCAAUGCUGAAAUACUUGUCAGGGAGGUUAGAUGGGCCCCACUGGAAGAACAAGGAAGCACAGACGAUGAAAAAGAAAGUGUCUCAAAUCUCGUCGAAGCUUUAGAAGAGGACGAGGAUGUCACCUGUGUGUCGACUUCCCUGGAAUACAGCUCUCUUCUCGGAAACGCUUGAUUUAUAAUACAUAUAUUCAUACAGCAGAUAAUGACAAGAUG